GCUCGCCCUCCACAGCCCAAGAGCUCAGCAUGCAUCCCCCAGGCUUCAGGAACUUCUUGCUGCUGGCAUCCUCCCUUCUCUUCGCGGGGCUGUCAGCUGUUCCUCAAAGUUUCUCGCCAUCUCUGAGGAGCUGGUCUGGCGCCGCCUGCAGGCUGUCCCGGGCCGAGUCGGAGCGCCGGUGCCGCGCACCUGGGCAGCCCACGGGGGGCGCUUUGUGUCACGGCCAUGGCCAGUGUGACUGUGGAGUCUGCAUCUGUCACGUGACGGAGCCAGGCAUGUUCUUCGGGCCCCUGUGUGAGUGCCACGAGUGGGUGUGCGAGGCCUACGACGGGAAGACCUGUGCAGGCCAUGGCAAGUGUGACUGUGGCAAGUGUAAAUGUGAUGAAGGAUGGUCUGGGGAAGCUUGCCAGUACCCAGCCAACUGUGACCUGACAAAGAAAAAAAGUAACCAAAUGUGCAAGAAUUCUCAAGAUAUCAUCUGCUCUAACGCAGGUACAUGUCACUGUGGCAGGUGUAAGUGUGAUAAUUCAGAUGGAAAUGGACUCAUUUAUGGUAAAUUUUGUGAGUGUGAUGACAGAGAAUGCAUAGAUGAUGAAACAGAAGAAAUAUGUGGAGGCCAUGGAAAGUGUUACUGUGGAAACUGUUACUGCGAGGCUGGUUGGCAUGGAGAUAAAUGCGAAUUCCAGUGCGACAUCACCCCCUGGGAAAGCAAGCGAAGAUGCACAUCUCCAGAUGGCAAAAUUUGCAGUAACAGAGGGACUUGUGUGUGUGGCGAAUGUUCUUGCCACGAUGUUGACCCGACUGGGGACUGGGGAGAUAUUCAUGGGGACACCUGUGAGUGUGAUGAAAGGGACUGCAGAGCUGUCUAUGACAGAUAUUCUGACGACUUCUGUUCAGGUCAUGGACAGUGUAAUUGUGGAAGAUGUGACUGCAAAGUAGGCUGGUAUGGGAAAAAGUGUGAGCACCCCUACUCCUGCCCUCUGUCGGCCGAGGACAGCAUCAAGAAAUGUCAAGGAAGCUCUAAUCUGCCUUGCUCUGGAAGGGGUAAAUGUGAAUGUGGCAAAUGCACUUGCUAUCCUCCAGGAGACCGGAGGGUGUACGGCAAGAUGUGUGAGUGUGAUGAUCGUCUCUGUGAAGAUCUGGACAGCUUGGUCUGUGGAGGCCAUGGAACCUGUUCAUGUGGUCGUUGUGUUUGUGAGAGAGGAUGGUUUGGAAAACUCUGUCAGCAUCCACGGAAGUGUAACUUGACGGAAGAACAAAGCAACAGUUUGUGCGAAUCAGCAGAUGGCACACUGUGCUCAGGAAAGGGUUCUUGUCACUGUGGAAAGUGCAUCUGUUCCACCCAGGAAUGGUAUAUUUCAGGGGAACUCUGUGACUGUGAUGACAGGGACUGCGACAAACAUGACGGGCUCAUUUGUACAGGGAAUGGAAUAUGUAGCUGUGGAAACUGUGAAUGCUGGGAUGGAUGGAAUGGAAACGCUUGUGAAAUCUGGCUUGGCACAGAAUACCCUUAACAAAUUCAUGAGAUAGGACUGGAUUCUGAUUUCUUUUUAGGCCAUUAGAACAUAUAAAUGAAAUGAAAGCCAUGUAUAAUCACCACUAGGGCAGGUCAAAGAGACUGUUGUAUGUUUUUCUAUUUUUGAAUGCCUGAAUGAAAUCUGGGUACCCAUUAGAAAUGAGUUAAAGCAAACUGUGAUGCAAAUAACACCAUGAAAAAAUUUUUCUCUAUAAUUUCUAUCAGUGGUUUCCAACUAGGGCAAUUUUGCUCCUCAGAGGGCAUUUUGGUAAUGUCUGCAGACAAUUUUGACUGUCACAACUUGAGGGAUGGGGGAAAGGUGUGCUGCUGGCAUCUAGGAGGUAGAGGCCAGGGAUGCUGCUAAACAUGUUAUGAUGCACAGGACAGCCCCACACAAUGAUAAAUGAUCUGACUUCAGAUGUCAAUAGUGAUGAAUUUGAGAAACCCUGAAUUAUAUGGUCGUUAGAAAUGCACAUCCUUACACAAAAAAUAGGAAAAGAUAUGUCCCUAUGUAACAUUACUGUUCAUAACUUUCCAUAAUUUAAUAUCCCUCAAACUUUCCAUAUAAGGGCAAUGAAGGCAAAUACACAGGAUGUGCAAUUUAGGGGCGGGGGGCGAGGCAGAAGCCAGACCAUUGGUGCUUUACAAGGGAAGACUGGUUAUUUUUAGCCAUUAAAACAUUUGUCUAGUUUCACUUUAAUCUCACAAAAGACAACUCUCUUAAGAUGAAGAAGUUAUGAAAAAUGUACAAUUUAACAUUUUUAAUAAAUAGUGACAUAAGCUGUUCACACUCUGUGUCAAUAUAUAUUUACCUACUGAUAAUUAACAAACAGAGAAAGAAAUGGAUUAUUAUUCAGGAAUAUCAAUUUCAGGUAACUAAAGCUAAGGGAUCACAAUUGUAAAAUUGGGCAGGGGUUACAUGUACAAGAAAUCUUAUUUUUCACUAUUUAAAUAAUUCCACAGUAACCUGGCCUUUUAGAAAAGACAAUACCUAAUUGGGUGUAUGAUGGACCUGAAAUAUGCGUUCAUUUCCCUUAUAAGACUCUUUUUCUAAGCAUUAUUUCUUAUUGGAAAAGUAGGGUGAUGCAAAGAUGUCAAGCAAAGAUAUUGUGAUAAAAUGGCACCAAUCUCAAAAUCUCACUGAUACGGCUUAAAUAGUAAUACAAAUAUUCAAUCAGUGGUAGAAACCAAAUAUUUAUUUUAUUAAUGGUGAAUUUUGCUCUGUAUGAAGUUCACAUUGAAUUAUGAAAAUGUACAAUAAUUGGGACUUUUAGUAUGUAUUUACAGUUAGAUCUACUUACAUAUAUUAGUUUAGGCAACCUUUAGAGUUUUUUAAAAACCCACUUUGUUUUCUA